AUGGCACAGAGCUAUGGCUCCUUAAUUGAGGAGGCCUGUGAGCUGCUGGAUAAGUUCAGAGCUGACAGGCGAUAUCCAGAUGUCUUACAGGAUCCACGGAACGUAGAUGAGCCGCUGAGGAAACUCUUUCUUGAUGUUGUUUCUGGAUGUAUUGAGCAUAAAACGAUGCUGGAUGUUGUUAUUAACGCGUUUUACAAGCAGAAUAGGAAAUGGCUGUCUAAAAGUGACCACAGCCAGUUUGUUAUCGUCUGUUACUUCCUCACAUUUGCUCUUGAUGAACUUGGACUUCAGCAGUUUGGCAGCAUUGUUGAAUGUCUUGGCGUUCAAAAGAUGCACUCAUUCUUGAUUUUUUUCUUCUCAAACCUCACCUCGUGGAUACAAGAGGAGUGGAGCAGCUUCUAUGAUGCUGAUUUUGUGGAUAAGCAAUUAAUUGCUCCGCUACUCGGAUGGCGCCCUGAGAUCAAUAUUCUCAUAGAUCAGCUUUCUGCCAAAAAAUCUCAUAGGAGUCAGAUCAACAAAGCAAAACUUAAAACCACCCAGCACCAGGAGUUCACUCUCACCAAACCUAAGCCUCGGCCUCUGCCUCCACCAGAACCGACCCCUCAGCAAGAAAAACACAAACCAGUACCAAAAAGCACCUACACAGCCCCAAAGGAGGUGCAGAUAAUAGAAGAGAUUAAAGAGAAGAAUCGUCAAAAGGCUGAAGAUCGACAUUAUGAGGCACAAAGGAAACAGUUCAGAUGUGGGAAUCCAGAGAAGUCUGAACACACAAAGAAAGUGAUAGCUCAGAUUGAGCAAGACUUGGACUCCAAACUCAAGUUUAACUCUUUUCAUUCAACUAAACUUCCUCCCAGUAUUAAGGACAACAGCUGUUCUGUACAGCUAAAUAAUGCAGCCAUUUUGAGGAGGGAGGCACUAACCGAACAUCAGAUGGAAGAAGAGCUGCAGAGAAUUGAGCAGCUGCUGCAAGGAGCUCGAGAACCUUCAGCUUUUCUUCAGUGGCAGAGGGAGAUGCUCAAGAGGGACUGUCAGGAAAAGUUGCCCAUGAUUGAACGAAGACGCCUGGAGGCACGCAUCGGUGGAGAGGAGGUGGCUCUAAUUCGUCAGCGAAUAAUCGAACAGAACCAGAAGGCUGCGCAGCUAAAAAAAGAAGAGACCGCACAACUGAUGCAAAAAUAUGCAGAAAAACGAAUGCAGGAAGAAAAGGAACUGAGAGAUUUGGUGAAACAAGUGGCAGAGGGCCACAAGAACCCAAAGGCAGCUAAAGAGAAAAUACAGAAAUUAAAGCAAAACAUAGUUAAAGAAGUUUCAGAGCAAAGCCAGGAGCUGCUUCGCCAAGCACUUGAAGAACUACAGGAAGAGCUCUGCAGAAAAUACCAAAUUAUCCGUGAAAUUCACUCCAUUGAGUCACUUCCUCGCAUCAGACUCCACAAUUUCAGUGACACGGAGGCUGCAGGCCAUGAGCUGCUGGGGGAGAUGUCUUUGGCCGAGCUGAAGGAGCGGUUGGCCCUGCUGAAGCAGUCCGAGCGAGCAGAAAGGGAAGAGCGACGAGGCCACAUCUUGGAGGAGAAGCAGAGGAAGAAGCAAGAGAUGCUGGAGAAGUUAGACACCAUCGAGCUGCACAGGAGAGUGCUGGCAAAGGCAACUGCCAACAGGAAAGAGGAGAAGAAGGCCGAGCAGGAAUUCCUGCAGCAGGUGGUGGCUGAGGACGAGACAGUUUUGGCUUUGAGGAAGAAGCUCGAGGAGAAAAAGCAGGAACGUAAACGACUGAAGCUAAGAGAGAGGAGCAAGACCUGCAAACAGACGAGAGUAGAAACAGGAACAAAGGAACGUUUAAAGGUCCAAAGCUGGGAGGAGCUGGAGCAGAGUUUGGCACGCUACAUCCAGGAUGAUUCUUCAUCUUAG